AUGGAGAACUCUUUCGGCUAUUUCGGAGGUAUCAAGUUGGUUGCAGUAGCAAUCAGUUCAAGAACCAAGGCUGGUGAAAUCAACACGAAAGACGUCAUGGACGCAGUAUCCAAAGUAUGUGCCGACCACGUCACAAAUCAACAACCAUCAACCAAGGAUACCAAACCAAAGAGGAAGAGAUCGGAUGUUCCGAAGACCGACGUAGUGGGUCAAUCAGCGGUAUGUAAAAUAAAUACUGAACCUAAUGAACUAGUUGAUGGAGAAUCUGGUAGUGUUACCUGUUAUUAUAACAAUGUAAUAGACAGUAACUGUAUAAUAUUCUGCUUCUAUUCUAGGUCAGUUAUAAUAAAUACUGAACCUAAUGAACUAGUUGAUGGAGAAUCUGGUCAAGUUAUAAUAAAUACUGAACCUAAUGAACUAGUUGAUGGAGAAUCUGGUCAAGUUAUAAUAAAUACUGAACCUAAUAAACUAGUUGAUGGAGAAUCUGGUCAAGUUAUAAUAAAUACUGAACCUAAUGAACUAGUUGAUGGAGAAUCUGGUCAAGUUAUAAUAAAUACUGAACCUAAUGAACUAGUUGAUGGAGAAUCUGGUCAAGUUAUAAUAAAUACUGAACCUAAUGAACUAGUUGAUGGAGAAUCUGGUCAAGUUAUAAUAAAUACUGAACCUAAUGAACUAGUUGAUGGAGAAUCUGGUCAAGUUAUAAUAAAUACUGAACCUAAUAAACUAGUUGAUGGAGAAUCUGGUAGUGUUACCUGUUAUUAUAACAAUUGGACACCAGGAUUUAAUGGUGGAGCAUCACAAAGUUUUAUAGUUCAACAUUCUACUGAUGAUAAAAUAUGGGUCAAUUCGUCCACAAUACCAGAUGGUACCAAUAAUGGUCGAGUUGACUAUUGUAUAGAAGGAUUAGAACCAGAUACUAGUUAUUAUAUCAGAGUGAUAGCUAGUAAUAAAUAUGGUGAAAGUAUGACAGCUAGUUUUCUGGGAUUUAACAAGUCCGCCGACUGCAGUAAGAAUAUUAAUUGUGGUGACACCAAUGACAUCAAUACUGUUUAUAGCAGUGGUUAUAACAAUGUACUUGGUGCUGGUAUUGGAAUAGGUGUAGGGAUAUCUAUAGCUAUAGCAGUGAUGGUUGCUACAGCAAUAUUUAUUUAUAGAUAUUGGUCAGGCAAACGAAAGAAAGUUGAAGAAAACUACGCUGGGAUUAAUACUACGACACGAUCUGAUGACACACAAACAUAUCAAGAAUUAGAUACAGUCAACAAUACAGCUAGAAUACAAUCAGAUAAUAGUUCUAAUGUUGAUAGAAACGAUGCUAAUAUAGAUGAUAUUAGACCAUAUGCUAAUCUUGAUGACACACAAACAUAUCAAGAAUUAGAUACAGUCAACAAUACAGCUAGUAUACAAUCAGAUAAUAGUUCUAAUGUUGAUAGAAACGAAGCUAAUAUAGAUGAUAUUAGACCAUAUGCUAAUCUUGGUAAAAGUUAA